AUGCAUUGAGUGAGAGAAGGAGAUCAAUGCAUCAUCUUGUGAGGGAGAGAGCCGAAGAGCAGGGGGUGGCUGUGAGCUCACUCUCUCCUUCCACCCACCUGCCGGCGAUCUCAUCCUCGACAAAUUCCCAUUUCUGCGCUCUUAUUACACACUCUUUAAUGCUUCUAUAUGACUGACUAUCACCCAGAACUCGAGACUAUCUGCAUAAAUAUCUGUACACCACGGAUUCCAUCUCAAGCUCGAAUUUGGAUGCUAUUUAAGAGUGUCUCUGGGGUACACCCCAAUUCCCUCCAUGAAGCUGAGUAUCUCCCUCUCUUUUCACAGUUACAGCUCGACAUAUACACUGCUCGUUGACUCGAUCCUGGCAUUAGAACGACGCCAUCUACAUCCCCCAGCCUUCAAAACCCCCCCCUUUCUGCCCACUUCGAGCUGCCAAACCCCCCCUGAUCUUCCAGACAGUAAUCCCAGUCCAUUCCUUCGAUUUCUGGCCGCCCAUUCGCUCCAAAAUCCCCUGCCCCAUACCCUGCAAGCUGCGAAUGCCUCUUCGCUUCAGAUGCACGCUUAUUCGGGUUUCCCUCCCUCUCUCAUUGGGCGCUCAAAUCCUGCGAUUUAAUCGCACCCAGAGCGAUAUUAUCGCAUAUUUUCGAUCUUUGGGGCUCCUUCACUUGUCUGACUACGCUGCAGGGUUAUUUCGCGGUCAGCCCACAUUCUGGACGAGCAACAGUCUCCCCCCUGCAGCCUGCGGACUGGAGCCAGGUUUUUCGCUUGAAUUCCGGCGCUUAUUCGCAUUUCACUCCCAUUCCUAUUGGGUGCUCGUUUCCUGCGAUUUAAUCGCACCCAGUGCGAGAUUAUGGCAUAUUUUCGGUCUUUUGGGUUCCUUGCGUUGUCUGACAACGUUGCAGGGGUAUUCCACGGCGACUCGUCAUUCUGGAUUGUGUUUUCCUGGGCCAGGCGCUGCUCGAUUCCACAUAGCGUCAAUAUUUAUGCAUAUCGUGCAUUUUUCGACUGUGCAUAGCCUGCACUUGCGCAUAUUGUGCGCUGC